AUCACUCCUUAGAAAACAGUCCCACGUCUCACCACUCCCGCCCUCGGCGCCCACACCCCGUUACCUCAGUCUCUUCUCCCUCAGCUUCGGCCAGACUGAAACGCACGGACCGCAUCCCUCCACCGCCGUACUCCGGUACAGACCUCCACGGCCCCGACCCCCCUAGGCUGGGACGACCCCGCCAAGCCCAGGCCUCCCACUUUACGCCGAGAUCCCCCGAAAGAUCAAAGAAGACCAGAGAGACUGCCUGAGAGUCGGUAUGGAACAAGUGUCAUCAACAGGCAGACCCGUGCAGAUCACUGUGACAGAUGGAUAUGACUUGAAGGGUUUUAAAGGAGAUACUCCAGUUACCUUUAUUCGUGCAGAAUUCAAUCAGGUAGUUCUGGGAGACUCUGCAAAAAUUACUAUUUCUCCAGAAGGAACUGCAAAAUACAACUUCACUAGCAGUUUUGAGUUCAAUCCUGAAGGAGGAAUCACGUUAGAAGACCUCGCCCAUAAACCUGUGUUCUUAACUAUGACUGAAGUUUUACCAAAGGAAAAGAAACAGAAAGAGGAGAAAACCUUAAUUCUUGGUCAAGCAGUGGUGGACCUUCUUCCUUUACUGGAAGGAGAGAGUUCAUUUGAAAUGAUGGUCCCAUUGCACCCUGUGCCGGGCUCCCCCUUAGAAUCUCUUCGAUCAGGUGUUAAGCAGUGCAGUCUCGAAGUUAAAGUAUUUGUUGCGGAGCCCUUAUUGACCCCAGCCCAGAUCUCAGGAGGCAAUCUUCUGAAGGUCACAUUGGAGGCUGCCUACUCUGUGCCUGAAUCUUUCAUUCCAACAGGGCCACUGCAGAACUACAUGGUUGGUCUGCAAGUUCCAUCAGCUGGAGAGAAAGACUAUCCCAUUUUCUUCAAGAAUGGAACUCUGAAGCUUGGAGGAGAACGAGAACCUGUUCCUCGGCCCAAAAAAUGGCCUAUUGCCAACAUUCUGGCUCCAGGAGCUAAUAACAUUCCUGAUGCGUUCAUCAUUGGUGGGCCAUAUGACGAAGAAGAAGGAGAACUCAACCACCCUGAGGACAGGGAAUUUAGGAACCAAGCAGAGUGCAUGAAGAAAAGGAUUACUUGGGACUUGGAAAGUCGCUGCUACCUUGAUCCUCCUACAGUGGUCAGUUUUCAGAAGCGAAUUGCUGACUGCCGAUUUUGGCCUGUAGAGAUCACAAGAAUUCCUCUGGUUAGUGUACCCAAAGGGAAAGCUGCUAAAUUUGAAAAGACUGAUGAUGAAGGUCAGCUUUCAUUUCAUGGUGUGGCUUAUGUUAAUAUGGUGCCAUUGCUGUAUCCAGGUGUGAAGAGAAUUCGGGGAGCUUUUCAUGUUUACCCUUACCUUAAUAGUACAGUGUAUGAAAAGACCAAGUGUUUACUUAGCUUGUUCCGGGAUACUGGCCAUCAUUUGAUUCAGAAUAAUAAAAUAGGAGGAAUUAAUUCUCCACUGCCCAAACAAGUUGCUUCUAAGAACCUGAAAGAAGAUAAAGCAGUCAAAGAAAAGGAUAUGGAAGGAAAGUCUAGGCCUGGAGAUGUGCAAGCAUCUAGCAUAAAAUCUCAGAGCUCAGAUACUCCUUUGGAAAUUGAACCCUCUCUAUGCAACAAUCCAGAAGGACAGCAAUAUGUAGAAGCAGGGACAUACAUUGUGUUGGAGAUUCAGCUGGACAAAGCCUUGGUUCCGAAGCGCAUGCCAGAGGAGCUAGCCAGAAGGGUCAAGGAAAUGAUUCCUCCGAGGCCACCUCUUACCCAUCGGACAGGAGGAGCUCAAAAGGCAGUGAGUGACUACCACAUGCAGAUCAAGAACAUUUCUAGAGCCAUUCUGGAUGAGUAUCACAGGAUGUUUGGAAAACAGGUAGCCAAACUGGGGAGUGAUAUGGAUAGUGAAACCCUGGAGGAGCAGAAGUGCCAGCUCAACUAUGAACUUAAUUGUUCUGGGAAAUAUUUUGCUUUCAAAGAACAACUCAAGCAUGCUGUGGUAAAGAUUGUGAGAGAGAAGUACCUGAAGACAACAUCAUUUGAAAGCCAAGAAGAACUGCAAACAUUUAUUAGUGAGCUCUAUGUGUUCUUGGUAGAUCAGAUGCAUGUGGCCUUAAAUCAGACCAUGCCAGAUGAUGUUCAAGGCACUACUUCAACCAUUUACAUCAGCAGUGAACAGCUUCGACUCUUUGCAUUUGAAGCAGAAGUCAAUGAGAACUUUGAAAUGGCAACAGUGUACUAUGAAGAGAGGUUGGUCCGUGAACCCCGGAACCUGGAGCACUGGCUGGACUAUGGUGCAUUCUGCCUCCUAACUGAAGACAAUAUCAAAGCACAGGAGUGUUUUCGGAAAGCUCUUUCCCUCAACCAGAAUCAUAUCCACAGCUUGUUGCUGUGCGGUAUCCUGGCUGUCCUGAUGGAGAACUAUGAGCAGGCAGAAAUUUUCUUCGAGGAUGCUACUUGCUUGGAACCAACUAAUGUUGUAGCCUGGACUUUACUUGGCUUGUACUAUGAAAUUCAAAACAACGAUAUUCGAAUGGAAAUGGCAUUUCAUGAAGCCUUCAAACAGCUUCAGGCACGAGUGUUUCAGGCACAAGUAACAACGCAGAGGAGCACUGGGACUGUGGAGUACGCUGAAGAAGGAGGGAAAGCAGAAUCCAGUUUAGGCCCUUGGGGAAUUACUAGUGGUUCUUCUACAGCAGCAACCAAGGUGGAAGCCCCAGCAGGGCUGGGAGCUCCAUUAUCCAUUCUGGAUGAAUUUCUUGAUGAAUCCUCUAACCUGCAAUCUGAUUCACAUGAACCCAUUUUGCCUGUACAAUCUCAGGAUCCAAAUACCAGCCAAAAACCAUCCAACACAUUUUUCAAGGGGAUACCAACAAAAAAAGAAGCAUCAAAAUGUCAAGAGUCAUUGACUUGUCUGCAUCCCACUCCUUAUAGUGUUUCCCAGACUCCUACCACCAUCUUCAUGGAGACCAUACACUUCUUGAUGAAGGUCAAUGCUGUGCAGUAUGUACACAGAGUACUUGCACAUGAGCUAUUAUGCCCUCAAGGAGGCCCAAGCUGUGAGUAUUACUUGGUGCUGGCCCAGAUACACCUUCUCAAGAAGGACUUUGCUAAAGCAGAGGAGUGCCUUCAACAAGCAGCCCAGAUGGACUACCUGAACCCCAACGUCUGGGGCUUGAAGGGUCAUCUCUAUUUUCUGAGUGGAAAUCAUGCUGAAGCCAAGGCAUGCUAUGAGCGAACCAUUAGUUUUGUCGUGGAUGCUUCUGAGAUGCACUUCAUCUUCCUGCGACUGGGGCACAUAUACCUGGAAGAGAAAGAGUACGAAAAAGCAAAGAAAACCUACAUGCAAGCCUGUAAGAGAUCGCCUUCAUGCCUUACCUGGCUCGGACUAGGAAUUGCCUGUUAUCGGCUGGAGGAGCUCACAGAGGCUGAGGAUGCUCUCUCUGAAGCCAACGCGCUGAACAACUACAAUGCUGAAGUAUGGGCAUAUCUGGCUCUGGUCUGCCUGAAAGCUGGACGGCAACUAGAAGCUGAGCAGGCCUACAAGUACACAAUGAAGCUAAAAUUGAAAGAUGAGAAUCUGCUUGCAGAGAUCCACAUGGUACAAGAAGCAGUUGGCUUUGGAAAUCCAUCUUUCUAACAUCCGUCCACCUGAAGACUUCUCUGUAUGGGGCUCUGAGCUCCUUUCCUUCCCAGAGAAAUUAAAUCCUGGAUGUCUCACCUUAUGAGGACAGGGGAGAAAGAAAAAAAGAAUCUUCAAAAAGAAAAAGAGGAUCUUCAACAUAAAUUGAAACCCACUUAUUUAUUUCUAUUGGCUAUCUUACUGAAUGUCUGUGCUAUUAGAUGUUUUACUGGUUAAUAGUAAACUGGAUGGUAAUAAAGUGUAAAUAAGAGGUUCAGAAUUCAUCAGUGUGGCUCUGGAGCUAAAGUAUACUGAGGUAUAUAUAAGAAUAUAAUUAUGUAAUUUAUAUAUAUUAUACACACACACAUA